GCUCCCCCUCCGCGCUCUCCCUUGCGGCGGCCCAGGACGGGCUCCUCCUCCUCUCUCCUCCCGGCUUCACCCGUCGCCUGCGCUGAUCUCCCGCGAGCAGGGCCGCUGUCGUUCUACAUCCUCACCGUUUUCCUAUAAUAUAUUAGGAAAGGAAAAUAUGGCUACGAAAGUUCGUCAACCUUCAACUGAUGCAGAAAAAACAGAGGUUGGAGAAAUAGACACAAGGGCUCCUUUUGAAUCUGUUAAAGCUGCAGUGAGCUUAUUUGGGGAAGUUCGGUUUUCAUCUGACAAAUCAGCUGCAAGGAAGCCAAAGCCGCCUCAGGCAGAGAGGGUGUUAGCUAAGGAGACAGAACUGCACUUGGCCCAGAAAGAGUUAAAUAAAUACAAGGAACAGCUCAACAAUGCUGAGACAACCCGAGUACAAGCGUUGUCUGAGCUGGAGAAAGCUAAGAAAACCGUUGAGGACCUAACCAAUAAGCUGGAUACUAUCAACAAGUCCAAAGAGCUGGCUAUUCAGGCAACAGAGGAUGCAAAAAAUCGAACCAAGCAGCUUGAAGGUGGAGAUUCGCUUGAAGCUGUUGGAAAAGAUGGACCUUUGAAGCAGGAAUUGGAGAUCGCAAGGGAACAGUAUGUUGUUGCUCUGGCAGAUCUUGAUGCAGCAAAACAGGAGCUUAGAAAGCUCAAGAAGGAUUUUGAAGCAUCAUUAGAUAUGAGAUUGGCUGCAGCACAACAGGAAGAGGAAUCAUUGCUCUUAGCUGAAAAAAACAAGGAAAAGGCUGAUCAGCUUCGCAAUGAGAUUGCUGCAAUUCAGGAGUCUCUUAUGCAUGUGAAGGAAGCCACUGAACAAGCACAUGAAGAAGAGUCACAAAUCCUUGCUGAGAAAGAUGUCGCUAGGAAUACAUACAAACAAGCUUUGGAAGAAACUGAGAAGAAAUUGUCCUCUUUGAAAAAUGAUUUUGAUCCUGCUGUCUAUGAAAGUCUCAAAGAAAAGCUAGAUGAGACAAAUUCGGAAAUUUCAUCUAUGCAGAAAAAGAUCGAAGAUGCUCGGGCUCAAGAUUUGGAGUCCGUUGCUACUGUCAGCACAGAGUUGGAUGAUGCUAAGGAAAUGUUGCAGAAAGUGGCAGAGGAGGAAAGUUCUCUUCGAAGUUUAGUAGAAUCACUUAAACAAGAGCUAGAAGCUGUAAAGCUGGAGCAUGAUCAGCUCAAACAGAAGGAUACAGAAACUGAAUCCAUAGUUGGAGACCUACAUGUGAAGCUUCAGAAAUGCAAAUUGGAGCUUGAGGCAGCCGUAGCUGCUGAAUCAAAAGCAACAUCAGCCUCUGAUGACUUGAUGUUGGCCCUUCAACAGCUCUCCUCUGAGUCAAAAAAUGCCCUGCAGGAAGCUGAAGUAAUGCAAAAAAAUGCUGCAGAUUUAAGAGAUGAAGCUGAAGCUGCACGAGUCGCAUUAGCAGAAGCUGAACAAAAGUUGCAAUCGGCUUUAAAAGAAGCAGAAGAAGCAAAAUCAGCUGAAUCAAAGGCCCUUGAUCAGAUCAAGCAACUGUCAGAAAGGGCAAGUGCUGCUCGGGCCUCAACUUCUGAAUCUGGAGCGAAGAUAACAAUAUCAAAAGAAGAGUUUGAAUCACUUAGCCGAAAGGUGGAAGAGUCCGAGAAAUUGAGUGAGAUGAAAGUUGCUGCCGCUAUGGCUCAAGUGGAGGCUGUCAGGGCCAGUGAGAACGAGGCAAUUAAGAAAUUGGAAUCUGCCAGGAAAGAGAUGGAAGACAUGGAAUUGGCAACAGAGGAAGCACUAAAGAGGGCAGAUAUGGCUGAAGCAGCAAAGAAAGCUGUCGAAGGUGAGCUUAAGAGGUGGCGUGAGAAGGAACAGAAGAAAGCUGCUGAAGCUCAGCCUGCUCCAGAAGCGCAAGCAUAUGAAACUGCAUCUCCACCUGUACAGAAAGCGUCUACUGGAAAAGCCACUGAGAAGAAUGAUGGGCAUCAAAGGAACACCAGAACACUACUGAAAAAGAGCUUUAUGCUGCCAAACAUCACAAACAUGUUUCAUAAGAAGAAGAAUCAUGCUGACGGGAGUUCUCCUUCACACCUUCCUGGGGAAAAGUCUGUAUAAUCUUUCUGAAGCUCUCAUCUACGUCAUGUGACUCCAAACUCGGAAUCAUGGAUUUAAUAUGUAUGAUAUAUUUGUAGUUGCUUGUAAUAUAUAUAAUGAUGUCCUGGUCUAUAUCUAUGACUUGGCUGUUCUGACUAUCUGGGCUCCUGUGAUAAGUUUUUUCUUUUGUACCUCUGAAAUUCACUGUGGUAUCAACAUAAAUAACCACGUUUUAUUCAUGUUUUGCAUUGUCAUCUAAUGCAACGUUGAAGUGUCAAGUUCUGGAUUAUUGAGUUUGUUUUCUAGCCGUCACAGUUACCAAUGAACAUGAAGAUCGUGAUGUGUUUUGCUAA